AUGAUCUUGGAUGCCCCGGGGGACACAGGCGUGGGGAAAUCAAGUAUCGUGUGUCGAUUCGUUCAAGAUCACUUUGACCACAACAUCAGUCCAACGAUAGGUGCUUCUUUUUUAACUAAGACUGUCCCCUGUGGAAAUGAACUUCACAAGUUUCUGAUUUGGGACACUGCAGGGCAGGAGCGAUUUCAUUCGUUGGCUCCCAUGUAUUACAGGGGCUCUGCAGCGGCCGUCGUUGUUUACGACAUCACAAAGCUUGACUCUUUCCAGACGUUAAAGAAGUGGGUGAAGGAGCUGAAGGAACACGGGCCGGAGCAUAUAGUCGUGGCUAUAGCAGGAAAUAAAACCGAUCUGGGUGAUAUCAGGGAAGUUCCAACUAAAGAGGCAAAAGAUUUUGCAGAGUCCAUUGCAGCCAUAUUUAUGGAGACCAGUGCCAGAAAUGCAGUAAACAUAGAGGAGCUGUUUCAGAAAAUCAGUAAGUAUCACUAA